GUUAUAUUGUGCUCAAUAUUGCGUCCAGGACCAUACGACGCCAAUUUGUCAAACGCCAAUAUGAAUUUUGGAGGGAAGCAGCAUUGCAGAGCUCAACACCCACUAAUAUCAGUCGAGAAGCACCCGAGGAGCACAAUGGCGGAGUCCAAAGAGAGCCGGGAGGUCGCGGCGUUCUUAGAGCUGAUCGAGAAGAAGAAGUAUGAUCAGGCUGUCGAGAAACUUUCCAAUCUUGCUCAAGAAGUUGGCAGCCAGGAGCACGGGUCCGUGAACAUUGGGGACCUGGAGGAGCUGACGCUGAAACCAAGCAAGCCGUUCAAAAAGCUACGGAAACUGUUGACCAGCGACCAAGGCGUACAGGCAGUGCUGUCGUUGCUGAAAACUGCUUCCUCCAAGAAGACAAAGGACCUUAUGAGGACUCUCAUGAUCCUGUGUUCGGUGCCGGAGUUUGCUGAAAAGAUCGUCGGUGGCGGCGUGGCGAAGUCCUUGGACCACCUUGCGAAGACCCUACACGUGCGCCUCACGGCUCCCGCCACCCUGCGCUACGACCUGGAAUCAAUCUGGGAGCUUCCCAAGCUCUGCGUGGCGCUGUUCAACAGCUCGCCGGACUUCUGGCAGUCCGCCACGGACUGCGGUCUGCUGACCCACGUCACCCGCCUCUUCCCCUACGCAGCCCAGUGCUUUUUGGACAAUAUCCCAACCCACUCGGAGAUGAACCUGGACGCGUAUCUCAGACAUAUGGUCCGACCGGUGGCCUGGCUGGCCCGCUGCUUCCUAAGCCCACCGGAACUGGCAAAGGAGACGCUAGCGGACCCCACGACCGGGCGCAAGUUGGGGGCGUGGUUCGUCUCCAUGUUUGAGCACCUCAAGUGGAGUGGCCCGUUGUCUGAAAGGUACCCCGGCUUGGAAGCGGCGUGGGCGGAGUGCUUUGACGACCUUUUCGCGGCGUGGACGGACAGCCAUCCCCUGUUCGGUCUGCCGGAGUCGGAGAUCAGAAGGCACGUUCGGAGCAUUCUGGAGCUGUCGCCCUACCUCAGUAGCUCGAAGAGGUUACGGGUUGAACACUUGCUGAGCUUCUACCGGCAGGAUCCUCCGCCGAGCUCGCAGCGGCCCAAUCGGCAGGGCACUGUGGUAGAACAGGCGGAGACCAUCUUCCGGUCGUUGGACGGGGCUAGCGAGAGCAGCCGGAAGCAGUCAAUCCAGCAGCUCCAAGUCCUUUUCCCGGCCCUUCUCGGGGCGUGCUUCGACGGGCCCAUCGACGCGGACACUCUACGUCUAUUCAAGGCCUGGAUCCCUGAAAGUUUGAGCCAAGUCUUUAUCAAUGGCGGCCCUGUCUCCCCUUCCUCCUCGGAGCUCCUGUUCGCCGUUUCGCUUCUUGAUGUGAUUCUCCAAGGAGCCGUACUGGCAGGGGAAGCUUCACCCGCUCUGUGUGACACCGUGGGGUUGCGACUGCUAGACUGGGCGCUGAAAGAGAUCCCAAACAGCGGGUGUUGCGGUCCCAUCAUGGGCAGCGUCCUAAAGGUCCUCAUCUCCUGCUUUCGCUUCGGAAAGAGGUUACGAUCAAAAAACAAAGAGCUGGUAGAUCUGUUCACGCUCUUGUUGCCACGGAUUGGGGAAACGGGCGGCGAACCCCUCGGCGGGCUGCAGGCACGGACGAUGGUCAGUGCAAGCACGGUGGCUUGGCACUUUUUUUCCAUUCUUCUCGGCUUGAUGGAGGUGGAGACCGUCACGCCGCUGUUGGAAUCCUGCGUUCCGCCGGAAAUGUCGCUCAGGGUCGCGCUCGGGUCCUCGGUCAAGGAGCCCGCUGUCGAGCCUUUCGCUGCGAGCCUUAGGUGGGGUCUCUUGAGCCGAGAACAGAGGGCCACGAUCGGCCGGGCCGCUUUGGAGUACGUCACGAUGGUCGCGCACGGGCACUUCUGCCAGAGCCAGUUUGACGUCAUCCACGUCUGCAACCUAGCAACGAUCCUCGACAAGUGUUGCGGCGACCCGGAGGCCGCGAAAGAGGCGUUCGGGGACGUGAACUGGAUGCUGGCUUCGACGCUGGAGAGCGCUUACGGGGUCCUGUCGGAGCUUUUGCGGGCCCGCGAGCUGACCGAGACGGACAAGGUCAAGGCGACGAUGUGGGCGCACCUCUGUGCGACGCUGGUUCGGAUUCUCGAGACCGUGCGCCGGUUGAACGCGAACCGGGGGCCAAGAUCGACGGACGAAGUGCACCAGGAGAUGGCGCGGGGCCGGGCGGUAGCGUUUUGCGGGAGGGUCGUCGCGGAUCGGAGGGGCGGGUACCAUCGAUCGCCGGUUCUGCCGGAGCGCGACGAGUGGGUCGAGCGUCUCAACACCGUAGUUGACGAGCUGUGGACGGCGUUUGCAAGGGAACUCAAGCUGAAAAGCUGCAGCAACCCGGGGUGCGUCAAGGGCGUCUACGAAACGGGGAUGAAUGCGUUCAAGCGGUGUAGCGCGUGCAGCCAAGUGCAGUACUGUUCCCGAGAUUGUCAGAAAACCCAUUGGAAGGAAGAGCACAAGGUGGCGUGUGUAAAAAAGAAAUCCACAAAGUCGUAAGGUUCUUGGAUAGAGAAUAGUCCGCAACUGGAGGUCCCUCCGGAAAGGAUUAGCUGACGUCCUCAAGUUGACGCUCUGCGGGAUUUCCUUGUCAUAAAACGUCAGAUGUCUGAAAGACUCUGCAGCAAUCGAGCCCGUUUGCUCCAGACUUGAUUUCUUCUAACGGAAGCAUGCAGAGUUGUUUGCUAAUAAUGCAUGCUUGACACUUGCCAC